AUGUCAAAAUGGACUACAAUCAACCAAACAAUGCAUGAUCAAAAAAUAGGCAUAUUAUGUGUACACAAAACCCACCUGACAAACGAACACGCAAAGCAAAUAGACUCCCUUUUCUCCCACAGACUAAGAGUACUCAACACAAGUGACCCACUGUGCCCCGCUAUCAUGUCAUUAAACUGGCACAAUAAAACAAUCAAAUUUUUAAACAUAUACGCACCAAACAAUGCACAUGAACACCCUGAUUUCUGGAACAAAGUCAGAAUGGAAUGGUUAAAAUCAAAUAUCAGUGACAUAGACUUCAUGCUAGGCGAUUUCAACCUUACUGAGAACCCAAUUGACCGUGCGCCUGCAAGACUAGACAAUGAACCCACAAUAAACGCUCUAAGAGAACUAAGGUCAGAGAUUAAAGUACAUGACACUUGGCAGAACGAAAACCCACAUCACCAACUGUUCAUGUUCAGUAGCAACCAACAUACACUGUCACGACUCGACAGGAUCUACACAUCCGAACGACACCUAGAAAGUAUGCUAGACUGGAACACAAAAGUUAGCCAAAUACCAUCAGACCACCAAAUGGUAUCAGUGAGAUUCGCCCCACCGGGCCUACCACACAUUGGCAAAGGAAGACGGACCUGGCCUAUAGGAAUAAUGGCAGAUGAAGAUCUACUUAAACAAAUCAUUAAAAUAGGCGAUGAGAGCCAAAGGGAACUCCACGCACUAAGACAAAGAGACGAUGAAGCAAACCCACAAACUAUAUGGAAGUCUUUCAAAAACAAAAUCACAGCCAUGGCCAAAGAAAACAACAAAGACACAUCUAGUGAGAAUAAAUCAACAAAUCAGAAUGCUAACGAAAGACUUACGCAAGAUCUCCAACUUGAAAGAAAUAGAUACCUCUGA